AUGCUACUUAUUAAUGAAAUGAAGCGAAAACCAUUAGAUGAAAUUUUUUAUGGUACAGCCAAAAAAAAUAAUAUAUUUAUUUUUAAAAAUAAAGUUAAUAAUAUUGUUGAUGAAAAAAAUCUUUAUAUAGAGGAUCAACGUAGAGCUUCAUUAAUGAUACCACCUUAUAAUACUGAUAGUAGAGGUGUCCAAAAAAAAUUUGGUCCAUUAAUACGUGAAAUUAAUGAGGAAGAUUUAUCAUUAGGAGAGGAAGAGAAACGUUCAUUAAUUGAUCAUAUAUUUAAGGAAUCUAUUAUUACUGAAUGGCCAAAAGAAAUAAAUGAGGGAGAUAAAAAAAUUGAAAUUGACUGUGCUCCAUUAAUACAUAAAGCUAGAUCUGUUAAGAAAUGUAGAACACAACAUCCAACUUUACGUGUAAAAAUAUGUGGUGCUAUAAAAGGUGAUACAAACUCUUUUACAACAAUAAAAUAUCUUAAAGUAAAGUUAACAUUACGUAAAUUUAAACCCGAUGAAAGAGAAGAUUCUGCAUCACCAGCUGGACAUUUAAUGUUAACAUUAAGAGAAGGAACAUCCACAUACCGUGCACAACCAUCACCAUUAAAAAUUUCUGAAGUUGGUGGUGUCUUAAUAUGUGAAAUGAAAAAUCCAAUUGCUUCAGAUCAAUCAAAUAAUUUUGAACAAAUUAUGCAUUCUAUUGGUUUUCCAACAACUAAUGAAGUAGAAAAUAAUUUUAUUUAUGAUAAAGAUAUUUUAACAGUAACUUUUCCAGAAAUUGGAAUGAAGAUAUUUUCAAUGACUGAUAGAAGAGCAUUAACAACACGAUAUGUAUUGGAGGUAGAUGUUGAGAUGAAUUUUGUUGAUGGGCACACAAUAAAACAUAAAGUUUAUACAAAAAAUUUUUUGAUUGCUAUCACCAAUGAUCAAACUGAAGCACUUCUUAAUUCAAUUUUUUGGAGUAGAUUAGGAAGUCCAGAAAGUUGUACAACAAGUAGAUUAACAGAAAAAGAAGAUAUUGAUCCACCAUAUAUUAAAUAUGGUGUUCUUAAAAUUGCUUUACAAAAUUUUAUGAAAGCUCAAGUUAAUAAUGCUAGAGAAUUGGAUAAGCAUGAACUUUUGCAUAUACAAUGUAUGCUAUUUUUACCAAGAUUUAUUAAUAUAUCAAAAGAAGAAAUGCUCGUUAAAUUACAAGAACUAUACACAAAAAAUUUUCCAAGCAAUAUAGAUAUAAAUAAUUUCAAUAUAGAAAGUAUAAGAAGAAUAUUAUUAACAGAUUUUGUAUCAGAUUCUGUUUCUGUUGACAAAAAAGAAUUUAUGACUAAUCAAUUAGUUUCAUUAACAGAUUGUUCAACAAUCCUUGCACAUCCAUUAUGGAAUUGGUUUUAUAGAACAUAUGAAAUGAUUGCUGAUAUUGGUCAUAAGUUAUGUACAUCAGCACAAGUUAUUGAAAAAAAAAUAUCUAAAAAUAGAAGAAUAUCAUUUAAUUCACAAUCAUCAACAGCUAUUGAAGAUCCAAUAACUAUGGUAUGGUUAUUUAAUCAACGUUUAAUAACUUUUACCUCAAGGCAACAUGCAUAUGAUUUACUACGAAAUCGAUCUACUGAUCCUGGAAGAGGUUCUAUGAUGUUAAGAUUUUGUGAGGAUAAUCAAGGAUUUAUAUCUUUCAUCUUUGAUCAUAAAGAUGGUAAACCGAGAAUAGGCAGUAUCUCAAGUGACAAGAUCAAAGACAACAAAAAAGGUCUUCUUGGAGUGUUGAUGGGAGAUGAUUAUCCAAAAUCUUAUGAAUAUAUGCUUAGAAUAGAAGUAGAUAAUCAUUUGUCGGCAAUUAAAGAAGCUAAAAAUCAACUUUUUAGUCAGUAUCAGUCAAAUAUGAAUGAUUGUAAUAAAAAAGUAAUUAAUGAUCAAUUAUUCACUUCUGUUAAUCCAUCAAGUGGCGAAGAAGUUAAAUUAUUGUAA